AUGGUGCAGACGGCUGGGGUGCUUAUUCCUCACCCUCUCCCUCUCUCUCUCCCCAAGCUCCUAGAAGAUGACUUUCAGUUCCUCCUUUGCGAGGGCUGCCAGCAGGAAUCGCCCAACCUCAAGCUCCUCACCUGCCUCCACACCUUGUGCCUGGGUUGCCUGAGCAAGAACGAGCCUGUUGGGCAGUGCCCCGUGUGCUGCACGGCCAUCCCGCAGGCCGAUGGCAUUCCUGCUGUGGACAACCUGCUCUUCACCAACCUGCAGGCCCGGCUGAGGGUCUACAAGCAGAUGGUUGAUGGAGUUGACUUGUUUUGCGACAACUGCAGGAAAUCUGGGGAGUUCUGGUGCUCCGAGUGCUUCGAGUUCCUCUGCACCAAGUGCUUCGAGGCCCAUCAGCGCUACCUGAGGUGGGAGAGCCACAGAGCCAAGAGGGUGAUGGACGUCAGGGCAGGGUCUGCAAAUGACUUCCUGCAGGGAAUCAGGAGGACAGGUAGCUUGUCCUGCUCCAAACCAGACCACAGGAGCCAGCCUGUGAG